GAUGUCACUAAGACAUUCAACAGAUGUCUUUAAGAUGUUUGUGAUUUAGAAUGUUUGUAAAUCUGAUCUUUUUAAGAUGUUUAGCAGAUAAUAAUUAGAUGAAAUGCUCUUAAACAGACAUCUCAGAGAUAUAUUUGUGCUAUCUCUGGGAAACUUUUCGCCAAAUGAAUUCGGGACUUUUGAGCAUUUUGAGCCCUUCAAUAGGCUAUGGAACGUUUUGCCAUGUUUCACUGUCCAACCUUUGAAAGAUAAACCUCUGAGCAAUACAAUGUUAAUAUCACCAGGAGAGGAGAAGUUGAUUUACAAUUGAAAAAGGGUAAUUUGAAGGAGUCACCAGUCACCACGGACAUCCACCAAGACGGCAUUAUGGAUCUGGACACUUCAGGAGAUAUUUUCGAUGAGGAUGUGGCAACACAGUUCAUAAUUGAACAGAGUCUGCUGCAGUGCCACAAGCAAACUGAGGUCAAUAACUCCUCUGGUGACGUCUGCAGGAACAUUCAGAUUACUCCUGCGAGAGAGAAAAUAUUCAAUGCCAUAAAACAUGGUGAUGAAAAUGCUCUCCGUAAACUGACAGUUCACCAGCGAGCCUUUUAUGAAGAGGAUAGCACAGGAUUCAUUCCAUUACACGAGGCUGCUAUACAGAGCAACCAGAACAUCCUUGAGAUCACAUUCAAUGCUUCUCCUGAGGAUUCAAAGCACAGAGGGACUCAUCAUGGUAAAACAGCCCUAUUCUUAGCUGUGGAGAAAGGUCUUGUGGAAAACACCUGUUUUUUGUUGGACAACGGCAGCAGUCCAGACACCCUGGAUGAGGAGGAAGACUCGCCUCUCAUUGUAGCCAUACGAAACAACCACUACGACAUGGUGAAAGUUCUACUCAACUUUAAUGUUAGUGUUAACCAGGAGGGGGCGCACCGCAGGACCGCACUACAUGAAGCUGCCCGGUUGGGUCUGACAGAUUUUGUAGAUCUGUUGUUGAAAAACGGGGCUCAUCCUGACCCCAUGAGCACUUACGGCCUGACCCCUUUAGCAUUAGCUGCACAGGGAGGACACCUGGAAAUCAUUCGAACUCUUCUGCGGAGAGGUGCUAAUGUGGAGUCUCAGGCUCAGGACAGCGCUACUAUCCUGUUUGAAGCUUCUGCUUCAGGAAACCCUGAUGUGAUUUCACUACUGCUGGAACAUGGAGCAGACGCUAAUGUACCCAAACACACAGGCCAUCUGCCCAUUCACAGAGUGGCUCACCGUGGACAUGUGAAGGCUCUUGCUCUUCUGAUACCCAUAACAACAUGGGAUGCAGUAGAUGACAGUGGAAUCAGUCCCCUUCAUUCAGCAGCAGCCAGUGGACAAACACAGUGUCUGGAGAUGCUUCUCAAUGCCGGUUAUGAUCCCAACUUCAUGCUUCAUUCAUGGGUACGGCGUAACUACGACGACAAUCGCCAGUCUGCCUUGUACUUUGCCGUAGCCAAUGACGACGUCGCAUCUACCAAGGUUCUGCUAGAAGCUGGAGCCAUGCCCAACCAGGACCCUAUCAAAUGCCUGCAGUUGGCGCUACACCUGGGCAACUAUGAGCUGAUCCACGUGUUGCUACGAUAUGGUGCCAAUGUCAAUUAUUUUUGCAGGGUGAACACAACUCACUUCCCGUCGGCUUUACAGUACGCCCUAAAGGACGAGAUUGUGCUGCGGAUGCUGUGUAACUAUGGUUACGAUGUGGAGCGUUGCUUUGACUGUCCAUAUGGAGACGGCUCGCACGUGCCACAUGGUUACGAGGGCUGGAGUGAUACUGUCAUCAAAGACACUCUGUUCUGUGAGGUCAUAUCAGUGUCAUGGUUGAAGCAUCUCUCUGGAGAUGUGGUACGUAUCAUGCUGGACUAUGUUGAUCAUGUGACCUUCUGCUCGAAACUGAAGGCUGCUCUCAUGGAGCAAAAACAAUGGCCUGAAAUCUGCAAAAUUCAAGAGAACGUUCGCUCUUUGCAGCACCUCUGUCGACUGAAGAUCAGGAGCUGUUUGGGUCGACUGCGUCUGAGAGCUGCAGUUUUCAUGAGCUUCCUUCAGUUGCCAGAUCGACUGAAGCAGUUCAUCCUAUAUAAAGAACAUGACCUCUACAGCCAGAAAAGUCAAAGCAAAUGAAAUAAUCAAAACAUACUUCUGAUUUACGUUUAAGACAGAUGUGGCUAUAAUGGUCCUUAAAAUGUAAAGUAAGGCUAAACACUUUUUUUAGGGGCUGAUUAUGCUUCUGCCUUUAAUAAAGUAUAUCAAAUAAUAUGAUGGACUUGUUGUCCAAAAUACCCAAGUAUCUUCUUAACAUACAGGUUUUGAGAAUGUAAACAAAGUCUUAAAUUUGAUACAUAUUUAUUGAAGUGAAUAAUUUGUAUAAAUAAAUAAAUAAUGGAUGAUAUCAUCUUUGAUAAGAGCAUUGAUAUAUUUACAAGUCCUAGCGAUAGCAUGUAGGAAACAGAACUGUGUAUAGAGCUUUUUUAACCUAUAUAAAAAUGUAUUUUAGGAGGCUACAUUGUUUAUGCUGUGAUUAUAAACAAACGACAAAUUCUUUGAAAAAAUCGCCUUAUUGUCAUAAAUG